AUGAUUUCGAUGAGCCAGGAUAGUAAUAAACGAGGGCAGACGCAGGAAGUUGCCAGUAAAGAUGUGAUAAAAGAAGCCUGCAAACAAUCGAGACAACACUUCCAAAGAAGAGUUAGUAAAACUCUGCCGGGUGGAACUCCCUCUUGCUGGCGGGUUCCGCGUGUUUCCGCUGUUCGACGACUCUUCCCAGAAGAUGACGGACUAACUCCAUCAAGGAGCUAUAUUAAUAAUAAAAUAAAUACCUUCGAUUGCUUUGAUAAGUACAUCUUGUAUCGCCGCAGGAAAUUUUCCUAA